GGUAUUGAUAUUCAUAACCUAUGUACAGAAGAGAACCUCUGUAAGAGGAAAGUCAAGUCUGAAUAACGAUAAGCAUUCUUGGCCUUCAUUCCAUCUUCAUACCCGUCUUUUAAUGGUCUACGCCGAAAAGUUAAAUGCCUUCUCGAACUGUUUCUCGCUAUCAAGUAAUAUUCUAGGCUUUUUUGAUUCGUCGAAGUAAAUCCGGCCUGAAAAAGCUGGCCACUUGAUUUUGAAGUUUUAACUCACGUUCUCGACAAUUUCUUUACUUUCACAAUCCAAGUGCGAAAAAUGGAAAGAGAAACCCUCCUCUAUCCCUCAGACGAAGCUCGUUGUAGUGACGAAGAAGCUACACCAAGUCUGACCGAGUUGCAGCAGCAUCAGGCGUCCAAAUUUCAAAAGAAAUGCGGGGGACGAAAUGCCGUCUUUCGGAAAGCUUUACCAUGGGUAUUACAUCUAGCUCUGCUCUCUACAUCGCUGGGACUCCUAAUAAAAACUCUCCUCAUACAAAGGUCUUUGCCUGCGACUUGCGUAGAGGAUAGACUCCAAUGGACCAUCACCAUGGAUUCUGUUCCCGACAUUCAUCACUUUGAGCGCUUGGUUGGUAGUUUCAAUCGAUCCUCGUCCCCUUAUAAAGGGCCUCCAUCGCCCGCUGUUGAUGCCGCAUGGGCCGACUUGACAGACUAUGGCGCAAUAAGCAUAUCAGAAAAGACCUUUGGGAAGUUGAAUGCUUCCAAAAAUGCUGUCAGGGUCCCAGCCGAAUACGGAGGUGGGAGACUGGCUUUCGUGGAAGCUAUUCAUCAAUUGCAUUGUUUGGAAUCACUAUGGCGACAUACAUACCCAGAUUAUUAUACGGAAGCCGCAAGAAAAAUAAAAACAAAUGAUCAAGAGUGGCACGAUCAUAUGGGUAGAUCAUUGCGUGGACAUGUUGCGUCAAAAAUUAAUGUGCGAUGCCGAUGUACAUCUAGUCACCUACAACUGGCUGAAAGGCCACGACGCUCCUCAUCCCAAUUUCAAUACGGCAAGGCAAUGUCGAAGUUUUGAAGCCGUCAAACAGUAUGUCAUUGAAAAUGCCCUUGAUGGCUCUAAUCUACCUAAAAUGUAUUUUGAAAAGCCCAAGGAUGGUUCUGUAAUGGAGUACGAGGAACCUCCAUUUGAUCCUCUUGCCGAUGGAUGGCCAUCCAAGCACCAUUGAAGGACUGCGUACAUAUAUUCAGAUGGCCUUUUACUCUGAGAAACACCCCGCACUUUCUGCUCUGUACAUAGCACUCUCAACCCUAAACGGUGCGGACCGUUUGUGUGCACGAAACCUUAGGUUCCACAGAUCUUUACGAUCCUUGCGUACUCGAGCAGGGCAGUCGGAAUCUGCGUAUCCGGCAUUAGCGAUCCUUCUUCAAUAGGAAGCUGGUAUCGUCGGCAAAAAUGGUCUGAUGGGCGCUAGAAUUUUGAUAACAACAUCUACCUGCACCCAAUCAAGUUGAAAAAUAAUCUUCGCACAUCCUAGGUAACGUAACGAUUCUCUGCAAAGAUGGGAGAUCCUUGCUCACGCUUGCGAAUGGUACAAAUCUUGGCUUCUCCGUUCUCA